GGACUAGUUGGUGCACUUGACGCUAUAUACUUUGCUCAAAGAGGUUGGAAAGUAGAUCUCUAUGAACUUCGACCAGAAGAGGCAGGUCUAUCAAUUUAGCAUUGUCUGAGCGAGGAUUAAGUGCUUUACGAGCUACUGGGUUGGAUAUCGAGAAAACUAUCCUGGAAGCCUCUGUACCAAUGAAGGCAAGAAUGGUUCAUAUUGGAAAAAAACAAAUGUCGCAAGCAUAUGAUGUCAAUGGAAAGCACAUCAAUGCAGUCGAUAGAGCACGCUUGAAUGAAUUGUUAUUGGAUGCCGCCGAGAAAAUGAACAAUGUCACUAUUUAUUUUGAGCAUCGACUUGUGCAAGCGGAUCUUGACAAGAAUAUGUUAGAAUUCGCUACUAGUGAUGGGAAAAAGGAAUAUCAAGUAGAUCUUAUUAUAGGUGCAGAUGGAGCAUAUUCUCGGACAAGAUCUCAAAUGAUGCGUCGUAUGAGAAUGGACUUUGAGCAACGAUACAUCGAUACUGGCUAUUGUGAAUUAUCCAUGCCUCCAGCUAAAGGACCUGAUGGAAAACCAACAUUUGCAUUAGACCCUAAUCAUCUUCAUAUUUGGCCCAGACAUACAUUUAUGCUGAUUGCACUUCCUAAUCCUGAUUUCUCAUUCACAUGCACACUUUUUAUGCCGUUUGAUAUGUUUGAAAAGGUUGCAACACAAAAUCAGCUGAUGAAUUUCUUUUCUGAGCACUUUGAAGAUGCUAUUCCUCUUAUUGGAGAAGAUGCCUUGAUAUCAGACUAUUUCAAAAACCCUCGGGGUUCUUUGGUUACCAUCAAGGCUUCCCCACACAACUAUGGUGAUAAAGCCUUGAUGAUUGGUGAUGCUGCUCAUGCCAUGGUUCCCUUCUAUGGCCAAGGUAUGAAUUGUGGCUUCCAAGAUGUACAGGUACUUCAUCAAGUACUGGACCAACAUCAAAUCAAGCCUAUCGUUACUCAACAAGGCAUUAAAGGUCUAAAAGGGGCCCUAGAUGACUAUUCAAAGACUCGUGUCAAGGACGCUCAUGCCAUUUGUGACUUAGCCAUGUAUAAUCACUAUGAAAUGCGCUCUGCUGUGACAUCAAUGCGUUUCCUUGCCAGAAAGAAAUUGGAAGGUGCUAUUCACUACACUUUUCCUCGUUUGAUUAUUCCCUUGUAUACCAUGGUUAGCUUCUCGACAUUGCCUUAUUCAAAAGCCAUUGAACGUUGGCACCGCCAGACUUAUUGGUUGAAUGUAGCUAUGGCUUCAACUACCGUGGCAACUGCUGCUGUCGUUAUGGCCACUGGUUUAAGAUAUCGUGAUAGUUUCAUGCCUUCUGUCACUCAAAUGAUCAAUAUAGUAAGAAGAUUUAUUGAAUAAAGUCUAUGCAUUAGGCAGAAAAAAUAGUUUGAAAAUGAAUCAUGGGUAGUUCCUGAGAAAAGACACGCUUCCAUGUUCUUAUGGUAGACCCAUAUUCAUUGAUAUCAUAUAUCCGAGCACGACGAUGCCAUCCUAAAUGUUCAGCGCCAUAACCACCUAUACCA